CCGCUGGAGCUCUCCGGGGUGCUGAGUCGAUGCCGAGCGCCUUCUCCGGCAGCAUGGGCCGGGCGCGGUACCUCCGCCCGGCCGUCUCGGGGUUUUACCUGUGGGAAGCCGCGGUUCUGCUCAGCUUGGUAGCCACAAAGGAAACAGACAGUGCAAGAUCUCGUAGCAUGCCGAUGUCGCCAUCUGAUUUCCUGGAUAAGCUAAUGGGUAGGAUGUCGGGCUACGAUGCAAGGAUAAGACCAAAUUUCAAAGGUCCUCCAGUUAAUGUCACAUGCAACAUAUUUAUAAACAGCUUUGGAUCCAUUGCAGAGACAACCAUGGAUUACCGAGUGAACAUCUUUCUCCGCCAGAAUUGGAAUGAUCCACGACUUGCAUACAGUGAAUAUCCAGAUGACUCUUUAGACUUAGAUCCAUCCAUGUUGGAUUCAAUUUGGAAACCUGAUUUGUUCUUUGCUAAUGAAAAAGGUGCCAACUUUCAUGAAGUUACAACAGAUAAUAAGUUGCUGAGAAUUUUCAAAAAUGGAAAUGUACUUUAUUCCAUCAGAUUGACUUUAAUACUGUCCUGUCCAAUGGAUCUCAAAAAUUUUCCAAUGGAUGUGCAAACAUGUAUAAUGCAGCUGGAAAGCUUUGGAUACACAAUGAAUGAUCUCAUUUUUGAAUGGCAAGAAAAGGGAGCAGUUCAAGUAGCAGAAGGUCUCACUCUGCCACAGUUUCUCUUGAAAGAAGAAAAGGAUUUAUGUUACUGCACCAAGCAUUAUAAUACAGGAAAGUUUACAUGCAUUGAAGUCCGAUUUCACCUUGAGAGGCAAAUGGGUUACUAUCUCAUCCAGAUGUACAUACCAAGUCUCUUGAUCGUCAUUCUCUCCUGGGUGUCAUUUUGGAUCAAUAUGGAUGCAGCUCCAGCCAGAGUGGCUUUAGGCAUAACAACUGUACUGACCAUGACAACACAAAGCUCAGGUUCACGAGCAUCACUUCCAAAGGUGUCAUAUGUCAAAGCAAUUGACAUCUGGAUGGCUGUGUGUCUGCUAUUUGUAUUUUCUGCACUUUUGGAAUAUGCAGCUGUAAACUUUGUGUCAAGGCAACAUAAAGAACUCCUGCGAUUCCGACGGAAGAGGAAGAAGAACAAGUAUUUUGAGGGAGUUCUUGAUGGAAAUGAAAUCAAUGAAUCAUUACAGCAUAGCAAUGGCUUGAGAUGUGCAGGACCUAUAGACGGGACUUUGCCUCAAAUCUACAGUACAAAUUUAAGGGAUGAUGACGUACGGGAAAGCCAAUUCAGUUUUACAGCAGCAUAUGGAGUGGGGCCAUGUCUGCAAGCAAAAGAUGGAGUGACACAGAAGGGGCCUCAUAAUCCUGCUCAAGCUGCACCAAAGAGCCCCGAUGAGAUGAGAAAGGUAUUCAUCGACCGAGCCAAGAAGAUAGACACAAUUUCCAGAGCUUGUUUCCCAUUAGCCUUUCUGAUUUUCAAUAUUUUUUACUGGGUAAUUUACAAAAUCAUCAGGCAUGAAGACAUUCACCAAUAACAAGAUUAAGGCUUGCAGUCCAUACAGAUCCUGCCAUGAUCAACAGGAGGCCUUCUGUUAGAAACGUGUAAGUGAGGAGCAAUUGGGAGACCUAAAAACACCGGGUGGGGGGAAAGAUCCUGCAUGGAUUGCAAUACCCAGCCAGAGUGGAAUGGAAGACUGACAGCAGAGAAGACACAUCUGCUUCUGCAAACUUUCUGUGUCAAACUAAACAUUAACAACUCAUUGUAAAUCACUCUCUACUGAAGCUUUACUGCCAAGUGUUUAUACAUACUGUUACAUCGUGGUAUAAUUGUACAGUACUCUUUGAUGUUCCUUACUUACUUUUUUUUUUUUUUAAUUCUGGUGCAU